ACUGCCUGUAUUUGUGGGGUUGUUUUUUGCAUGUUUUGUGUUAUUAUAAAUGUUGAUUUUAUAUAAUUUCUUACUUAAAUCUAGUUCUUAAUAAAAAGAUGAAUCGAUAAAAACUGUUAAUUAUGUUGAAUUAUAAUAUAAAGUUUCUAACUUACGAUGAAACUGUACAUUUGAAAAAUGGGGACUUCAAAAGUUACAAGUAUGAAACUAAGAGAAGAGUUGAUGAAUCUAUAUACGAUAGUGGCAAAAGAAAUUUCUGUGAGCAACGUAGCGGUCAUUGGAGAGCACCGCGUCCUCGACAGAUACGGCAGCUUGAUGCUAAGCUUCGUGACAAAAGUAUUAUCAUUUGUGAAUGGACAACUGAAACUCUCAUUACACUUGUGCUUUCAACUGGAGUUAUAGCGUAUUUGACUAUCAAACCAAGCACAUUGGAUGUGACUCAAAUUCUGUUCGAUAGAUUUUGUGUUGGUAAACUAUCUGGACAGACUGUUUCCUGUGCUAUAAUUUCUCAUUCCCACAUUAUAUUUACUCAUAAUGACCGCUUAGCAACUGUGAUUACUUAUGGGAAGAAUGCAACCAGUAUUCCAUGCCGUAUAUCUGACAGAGAUCCUCAAAUACAGACUAUAGGACUUGGUGGUGCCCGUAGGAGUGACAGGAAACUUUCUUCAAAUAACACAAAAGGAUACCUGAAAGUUCUUGUAUGGAGCACAUCUAAUAUAGAACCAGCUCCUUGGAGUCCUAUUAUAGAAGACCAAGCAAAUUUACACCUAUAUCAUAUCAUUGGACAACACAUCUCGUUAGCUGCCUAUCAUCAAUUGGAAAAUGAAACAUUAUUAGCAGAACUAUCAGACAAGGAUAUUGUUCAUAUCAUAGAACAAAGAACAUGUCAUAAGAAUGGUGUCACCCUAUACUGGUUACGCUACGAAACACCGAACAGUGAUGAUAAUAGAACCACAAAAUUGUCUUCCAUGCGGGAAAGCGAGACGCAUGUAUCAGUGCCCGCUCCCGCGAGAACUAUAAGGCGGUCGCCGUGUGAUCUAAAGAUUUUGGCGGCAUGCAUUGACGGCUCAUUGCACGUCAUACAUAACACCGUUGGUGUCACACAUUCCGUUCGAGCGGGAUUUAUAGCUACUGAAGUGUAUUGGGCGGGAGAGCUCAUCGUAAUUGCUGAAGAAGGCGGCAGAAUACAGUGCUUCGACAGGGCGAUGUCUUCGCUCCAUCACCACACUAAAUGUUUCGACUUGGCAUCUUAUUUAAGGGACCCCAAACGUAUGCAGAUAUUGGCAGUGAGAGAAGCAAGGGCGGGCCCAAUGAUACUGUUGUCGUUCACAGGCGGACCUGUUACUCUGUUACAUAUCACCCAUCCCCGACUGCUUACUGCUUGGCUACGCACCGGUCGUUCUUCCAACGCUGUAUCGUUACUGCACGCCCUUGACUGGGAUGAAAACGGAGUGGAAUGCCUCUGGACUGUUAACAAGCUCGUUUGUUUUGCACUACGCAGCGGUGCUGGCGCGUUACGUGAGGAGAGUUGCGCUCAAAUGGCGCUGGGUUCAUACUGGGCCCCACGAGUGCCUUUACCGGUCGCCGCUGCCAAAUAUGCUCCGCCCAUACACGACCUCACCAGGAAGUUCUACCACCACCUGCUGAGGCGCGGUCGCAUAGAGAAAGCAUUAAGCCUGGCGGUGGAUUUACGCGCGUGGGACUUAUUCGUUGACGCGCGUUGGGCCGCCUCGCGUCGCGGCCUUCCCGAGCUAGCCGACGAGGCUUCCGCGCUAGUGGCACAAUACGCGCCCGAGACUCCAGAUUCGUAUUGCUCCGACACUUGUUCGCAAUGCAGUUCGCAUUCAUAUUCGGACGAUGCUAGCGCACCCGAAGUGAAAACUAGACCGCCGCCUUUACCCAGAGUAUCUCUUCCUACGCUCAUGCCCGUGCCCAUAUCCCAAACCGAGUCUACCUCAACGCACAGCAUCCGUCCCAACUUGCACCAGUAUCUAGAGCGAGACAACACUAUAUGGACGACGAACGUAAACGAUACAUAUCUCAAAAUCACCAACAGCGACAGGAUCAAACCGGUUUUAAGCCAGAACGGAAAACGCGGUACCGAGUACAUAUCUCUGAACCAAAGACUCGGCGCUUCCAUGCCUGCUCUGGCAGUGAUCAGCGAAACCACCAACAAACCAGCUUCGACGACCACUGACAUCAAACCGAGAUCGCAGGAUAGGAUGUUCAGAAAUCUGUACCACACAGAGCUGAGAGACGAUCCGCCUAACAACGUCUACCGUUUUCACAACAAUAAUUAUCAUCCGAGUUCUAUGGUGGACAGGAAUUCUAAGUACGAUGGUAUCGCAGACAGAAGCCUAACUACUGAAAGGAACAAAGUAAAAUUUUCUGACACUGUCACUAUAACUGUUGUUGCAGAGCCAUCCGUGUCUCCAGAAAGCGCGCGUGAAUUGGCUGACAGUUUACCUCUUUGUCCGCCUCAUAAAUAUCUGACUGCGUUCGCACCACAUUCUCGACAAUCACAACUGCCGACGCCGCAUCCGCAGAAACCGCAUCCGCAGUUGCCACAUUCGCAGAUACCACAUCCACAGUUGUCGCAUUCGCAGAUACCGCAUCCGCAAUUGCCGCAUUCGCAGAUACCGCAUCCGCCCGCCGGUACUACGCUCGACUACGUCGAAGUGUGACGCACGCAUGACAGCACGAAUUAUAGAGUGUCACCAAGCAACCUCCAAAAAUCAAAGUGGUCCACUUUGGAAUGGUGUAAAUAUUAUUUAUAAUUAAUAUAAAUAUAUAAAGAUUUCAAUUAUUGUUGAUAUGCGUUUCAAUAUUUGGAUGUAAUUUGAAACUACCUAUAACAUAACCCAUGGACGUACGCAAAGCAUGACUGAUGACCGUUACCCAUAAAGCGCAAAAGUAAGAGAUAUAAUACGGAUGCCUUUAUUAUCUUAUUUAUAUUAAAACUAACUAGCUUAUUGAAAUCAAAUUUAUAAUUUUGAAGUAGAACAACAGAACAGAAACUGUCUCAUAUGAUAAGUACUGGGAAUUAAUACUUGGCAAAUAUAAUCGGAUAAUAUAAAUUAUAGGUAUAUAAAUAAAUAUUUCUAACACUUACUCGAAUUCUAAUUUCGCUCGCAUAUUUUGCAUUUUUUAAUUAUUAUUUCAUGCAAUUAAAAACAAACUAAAUAAAAAAAUAAUGGUUUGGAUACAAUUUCAGGACAAUAUAGAUGCAGUGGAAAAAAAGUAAUUCAAUAUAAUCCAAAUGCAUAUUCCAUAGUAGCCUAGCCCCAAAGGAAGCACUGUAAAGACUUUCCUGAUAUAUAAGUCUGUUCCAAACUUAGUUUAAAACAAAAAGGGAAGAUACGGUACGGUCAUACUGGCAUCAAAUAAAAUAUGAUCCGACUCAACUACAUAGGUAGGGCUGCCAUCUCUAAAAUGUGGCAACCAGGAUCAGAGGCGUGAUAACCCCGGAUUUUGGAGCCCAGAACCCAGACAGACCAAUAAAAAAACAGUUAAAAAUGUCACAAAUCAACUUUUUUUAUGUUGAUGUAGGCAAAAGAGCUAGCGGCCUACCUCAUAAUAAGUGGUCACUGCUGCCCAUGGACACUUGCAGCACCAAGGGCCAUUCAUGCGUUGCCGGCACUGAAAUAAAAGGUUCAUCCGCCUUUUUAAGAUUACCAUAUCAAAGCUAUAAGAAAAAAAUACUGAGGAAAGUUCGUUCUAGAACUUGCUGUUACACAAAAGAAAGGAAGACAUGGUGCUCGAACGCCAGGCGUCCAGAUCAUGGGCGGGAAACUUCUCUGCGGUGUGUGGUGCUGUGAAGAAACUUGGCCACUGGCAUCUGGUUGAAUAAUUCCUCUGAACACUCUCCAGUGAUUGUAUAGACGGUACGACACGUAGAAGGAGUUGCGUCGUUUUACGUGUUGUACCGUCUGCGCUUGCUAAGGGGUUUCAACGCUUGAGUGAGCUUAGGAGCAUCGAUAUGUCAAACUGCCCGCUUUUGUAUCCGGUCAAGAGGAAGGAACUGGUAUUGGGGUGCUCCAGCCUAGGUACUUACUAGAUCUAUUGAACACUUACUUGUGUCUUUGCUGGGUUAAUCCAAUCAAAUUUUGUUGGCUCUUAUUUGAGACUUGAUCCAGUAACAUCUCAAUCUCGGACACAAGUCUGUCUUUACACCCUUCUUCUUCCAUCCGAGGGAUGUUUGACCGGCCAGUGUAAAAAGUUUCAGUGCUGUCAUCCACAUAGCAACGAAUGCUGUUAUUGCGGACAGUAUGGGCGACAAAGCUGAUCUUUGUUGGAAGUCAGCAUUUAUGGUUACAGUGUUAGAAUAGAUUUAUUUAUUUUCAAACACAUUUAAAUUGACGGAUUAAUUGGCGACCCAAAACAGGAAAUUUGUAACCCGGACUACAAAUGAAACCCCGCCCGGACGCUCCUCGGACGCCCCGUAAACUAGGACAAAUCCGGGGAAACCCGGACGGAUGGCAGCCCUAUACAUAGGCAACUCUCAAGCACGCACACGUCUGUAUAUAAACAUUCAAUCGAGCGAGGAGCGAGACAACUGUACGCUUCAACGCAGCGCGAGUAAAACGGCGAGUCCGCUUCAGAGUCCGUACGGCAGAGCUGUAUUGUUCGCGCUUACGUAAAUAACAUUUACGACAAACCGCGAUUUUUGAGAAAAACAUGUUUUUACAGUUUUACGAAUGAAAAGCAUUGCCGAGGCAUUACACAAGAAAUAGAAUAAAAAUUGUUAGUAACAGAUAGAUCUGCCAAAUUAGUUGGUAAAAUUCUAUAUAAAUAUGAAGAGAGAAAGCCAUAGCUUAAGCACGAACUUGCUUGAGCAAGUUCCCUACCGGACGUAAGAGUUAACUGGCUCCUACCGUGUAAAAUUUGAUGAUGACGAUACGAUUACGGAUCUGUCAAAUUUCGUGAUUGGGACUCUUUCAAACCGCAUUGUAGACCAAUAGACACUUUUACCUUCGAUGAAUAGAAAACAAUGAAUUGCUACGUUACAUUAUAGUAGUAGUGAUUGACUGACUUUUCGACGUCCCAGCUUAAGUUAUUGGACAUAGAGAUUUGAAUCAUAACUCAGGUGUUGUCUUCAAGACGUACAAAGAGUACUUUUUAAGAUAAAAUUUGAUGCUAUCAAAAUUAAACUUUUAAAUAGUAGACUUACUUUUAUUUUUUUUCC